UAACUCCAACAAUAAAAAGCCGAUAAAAAGCCCAUCCCAAUGAACAAAAAGCCCAUAAUAACCUCAACGUAACCCGCGCAAUAAUUCCGAAAAACCCUUGAAUUUCGUCUUCCCGCUCGCCAAAGCCUUCAAAGUUUCCAAACCCUUAAAAUAUCUUUCCCUCACACACACACACACACACUCUCUCUCUCUCUCUCUCUCUCUCUCUCUCUCUCUCUCUCUCUCUCUCUCUCUCUCUCUCUCUAACACCAUUUCUCAAAUCUCUUCACAUCCUUUUCUCUUCCCAGUCUCUUUCCGUCAUGGCUAGUAAGCGCAAAACUAGGUCAUCCUCCACCUCCUCCGGUGACGUCGUAGUCCUUACAGCCGAUUCAAAUUCCGCCAACACUCAAACUAAAUCAACAAAAAAGACUAGGUCAUCCUCCUCCGGCAACGCUCAGAAAAAAUCUAGGAAGAAGACGAAUCUGGAUACUGCUUCUUCUGCUGUGGAAACGAAUCAAGCAAGUGAAACUGUUCCAGUGAUAGUUGACGGUAACGAUGAGGAAGAUGAAGUUUCGAGCUCCAGAUUUCUUGGAGAUCCGGUUCCUGACGAGGAAGCUAAACUGCGCUGGCCAAAACGGUACCAAGAGAAGGAAAAGAAAUCCACGGGUUCACGGUCUAAUAGUGAUGAUGAGGAAAUUAUUCGAGCUCGGUGUCACUACACUUCAGCUGAAGUUGACGAGAGUGUGAUUUACAAACUCUUUGAUGACGCUCAUGUGCAAGGGCCGGAAGGAGGUGACCAUUACAUUUGUAAAAUCAUUGAGAUGUUUGAGGCGAUUGAUGGGCGAUUGUACUUCACUGCACAAUGGUAUUAUAGAGCAAAGGACACGGCCAUUAAAGACCUUGGAUAUCUUAUUGAACCGAAGCGAGUUUUCUUUUCGGAAGUCCAGGAUACUAACCCAUUAGAUUGUCUUGUUGAAAAGUUAAACAUUGCCAGAUUACAGCUAAAUGUGGAUUUUGAUGCAAUGAAGGAAGUUAUUCCACCUUGUGAUUAUUACUGUGAUACACUCUAUCUUCUGCCUUACCUCACAUUUGUUAAAUUACCAUCAGAAACUAUAGAAAAUGGCAGUGAGUCUUCAUCCACCAUUUCUUCAGAAACUGAAGUGAAUGGAAGAUACGAGGUUAACUCUAAAAAUGCAAACGUUGAUAUUAGUGAAGAAAGGAAAGAACCAGAGCUGAAGUUGCUUGAUUUGUAUUCUGGAUGUGGGGCAAUGUCAACUGGAUUGUGUCAAGGUGGAAUUCUGUCCGGUUCGAAUAUUGUUACGAGAUGGGCAGUUGAUCUUAACCAACAUGCUUGUGAGAGUCUUAAACUAAACCAUCCGGAAACUGAGGUUCGAAAUGAAAGCGCAGAAAUUUUCCUCUCAUUGUUGAAAGAAUGGGAGAAACUUUGUUGUUAUUUCUCUUUGAUCGAUAGCAAUGUGCCACAUGACGAAUACUUAAACCUCUUUAGUGCGGAAGAGGAAGAUGAAGAGGCUGAUGGGACUGAUUGCGAAGAGAGUAACAAUGAGGAAAUCUUUGAAGUUGCAGAAGUGCACGAUAUACGUUUUGCUGAGGCAAAUAAGGAAAACAAACCUGGGUUAUACUUUAAGGUUUCAUGGAAGGGCUACGAAUCUGAUGAAGAUAGCUGGGAACCCAUUGAUGGUUUGAGUAAUUGUAAGGAAAGGAUAAAAGAUUUUGUGAUUCGUGGCUUCAAGUCAAACAUUCUACCAUUGCCAGGAUAUGUGGAUGUAGUAUGCGGCGGACCUCCAUGUCAAGGAAUAAGUGGGUUCAACCGUUUUAGGAACAAUAAAAAUCCCUUACAAGACGAAAAGAAUCAACAACUUGUUGUUUUUAUGGACAUUGUUAGUUAUCUUCGACCGAGAUUUACAUUGAUGGAGAACGUAGUCGAUCUCGUAAAAUUUUCAAACGGCUUUCUUGGAAGAUAUGCAUUGGGCCGAUUAGUGCAAAUGAAAUAUCAAAGCCGUUUGGGAAUUAUGGCAGCCGGAGCUUACGGGCUUCCUCAAUUUCGACUACGUGUCUUCAUAUGGGGGGCUGCACCUUCGGAGAAGCUGCCUCAGUUUCCUCUUCCAACUCACGAUGUUAUAGUAAGAGGUUUUGUUCCUUCAGAGUUUGAGGGCAGCACGGUUGCUUAUAAUGAAGGGCAUACUGUUCAUCUGCAAAACAAACUUAUAUUGAAAGAUGCUAUUUUUGACCUACCUCAGAUUGAGAAUAGUGAGAUUCGGGAUGAAAUUGAAUAUGACAAACCUCCUGAGACAGAGUUCCAACAGUUCAUCAGAUUAAGCAAAAGUGAAAUGUUGGGUAUUUCAAAUGAGAUGAAGUCUUCAAAGUCAUUCCUUCAUGAUCACCGUUCUUUACAACUGAAUACCGAUGAUUAUCAACGCGUGUGUCGGAUCCCAAAGACGAAGGGAGCAUGCUUUAGAGAUUUACCUUGUGUUCGUGUGCGGGACAAUGUAGUCGAAUUGAAUCCUGAUGUCAAGCGUGAAUAUUUGCCUUCGGGAAAGCCACUGGUUCCGGAUUAUGCGAUUUCUUUUGUGGGUGGAACUUCACGAUUGCCUUUUGCUCGAUUAUCGUGGGAUGAAACUGUUCCAACUGUUGUCACAAGAGCAGAACCUCAUAAUCAGAAAAUUUUGCAUCCAGAUCAAGAUAGAGUAUUAUCAAUACGUGAAAAUGCCAGACUUCAAGGUUUUCCCGAUUUCUAUAAGCUAUGUGGACCUGUCAAACAAAGGUACAUGCAAGUUGGGAAUGCAGUUGCGGUUCCAGUUGCUCGAGCUUUAGGAUAUUGUCUUGGCCGUGCAUUUCAAGGUGCUUCUGAUGAUGAGUCAUUGUACACCUUGCCCGAUAAGUUUCCUAUGAUCAAAGGACAAAUUUCCUCUAAAAUCUGAAGUUGUUUAGUGUCUAUAAUUAAAGGAUGAGUUUCCUUUAUAUCAUCCGAAACAUUUGACAAAUUUGUAUGAUCAAUUGAUCAUCAUUAUUUUGUAACACUUAGUAUUCUUCAACAUUGUUAUGUAACACUUCUGAUAUUGAAUUUUUUAAAUAUAUAUGAUAUGAUAUUCAAGUGAA